AUGAGAAGGAACUACGAGAAACCAACUCUUAGUAUUAAUGUUGGAAAGCUAGUACUAAAUAAUUAUCCAGAUGUUGGAAAGCUAGUAUUAAAUAAUUAUCCAGAUGUUGGAAAGCUAGUACUAAAUAAUUAUCCAGAUGUUGGAAAGCUAGUAUUUAAUAAUUAUUCAGAUGUUGGAAAGCUAGUAUUUAAUAAUUAUCCAGAUGUUGGAAAGCUAGUAUUAAAUAAUUAUCCAGAUGUUGGAAAGCUAGUAUUAAAUAAUUAUCCAGAUGUUGGAAAGCUAGUAUUAAAUAAUUAUCCAGAUGUUGGAAAGCUAGUACUAAAUAAUUAUCCAGAUGUUGGAAAGCUAGUAUUUAAUAAUUAUUCAGAUGUUGGAAAGCUAGUAUUUAAUAAUUAUCCAGAUGUUGGAAAGCUAGUACUAAAUAAUUAUCCAGAUGUUGGAAAGCUAGUAUUUAAUAAUUAUUCAGAUGUUGGAAAGCUAGUAUUUAAUAAUUAUCCAGAUGUUGGAAAGCUAGUAUUAAAUAAUUAUUCAGAUGUUGGAAAGCUAGUACUAAAUAAUUAUCCAGAUGUUGGAAAGCUAGUAUUUAAUAAUUAUUCAGAUGUUGGAAAGCUAGUAUUUAAUAAUUAUCCAGAUGUUGGAAAGCUAGUAUUUAAUAAUUAUUCAGAUGUUGGAAAGCUAGUAUUUAAUAAUUAUCCAGAUGUUGGAAAGCUAGUAUUAAAUAAUUAUCCAGAUGUUGGAAAGCUAGUAUUAAAUAAUUAUCCAGAUGUUGGAAAGCUAGUAUUAAAUAAUUAUCCAGAUGUUGGAAAGCUAGUACUAAAUAAUUAUCCAGAUGUUGGAAAGCUAGUAUUUAAUAAUUAUUCAGAUGUUGGAAAGCUAGUAUUUAAUAAUUAUCCAGAUGUUGGAAAGCUAGUAUUAAAUAAUUAUCCAGAUGUUGGAAAGCUAGCAUUGAAUAAUUAUCCAGAUGUUGGAAAGCUAGCAUUGAAUAAUUGUCCAAAUGUUGGAUAA